UGACAGUAAAAUAAAAUAGGUAGUUUCUGUUUCUGCCACUUUAUGCAAAAACAAAUAAUAAUCAUGAUAACAGAACAAAGUAAUAACAAUCGAUAGCAAUGCUCUAAUGCUACGUAACAUACUACUAUUUUGUACUGAGCCCGACAAUGAACCUGUUUACGUUUACGUUUAUGAAUACAGACUUGCCUAAGACAUGGACAGCGAUGAUCCGCGAACGCCGCUUUUAGGUCACGAGCGUCAGAGCCGGGUGGGUCGUGUGGCGCGUAAACUGUGCGGCCUGGAGUCAUGGCGCAGGCGGGUGCCCAUUACCAUCUGGUUGCCGACGUACAACCUCCAUUGUUUGGGCAGGGACGCCAUCGCAGGUAUUACGGUUGGUCUUACAUCCAUUCCACAAGGCAUUGCAUAUGCUAUGGUAGCCGGUUUGCCACCACAGGUGGGUUUAUAUUCCAGCAUAUUCCCAGGAUUCGUUUACGUAUUUCUCGGUAGCUGUAAAGACGUGACAGUAGGGCCCACGGCCAUACUGGCGGCUCUCCUCGCCAAGUACGUAGCGAUGUCUCCGGACUUCGCCUACCUCGCCGCCUUCCUCUCCGGCUGUGUUAUAAUGCUGCUAGGCUUGCUGCAGCUAGGAUUUCUGCUGGACUUUAUCUCGAAGCCAGUGAUCAGCGGAUUCACGACGGCAGCUGCGCUUCAGAUCUCUGCAUCUCAGCUUAAGUCAUUGUUUAGGAUUACAGGAUCUUCAGGCAACACUUUCAUCCAGGCCUUGAUCAACUUCUUUACUAAUAUAAAGACGGUACAUUUAUGGGACAGCGUGCUCGGUAUCGCGUCUAUUAUAUUCCUGUUGUUAUUAAAGCGUGUUAAAGUCCGCGGUCAUUUGUCCGGAGUUUGUCAGUACGUAGUGAGAGGCAGGAAUGCUCUGCUGGUCUUCAUCACCUCACUCCUCGCCUACUUCUUGUAUAAAGGAGGUAUUACACCUUUUGCAUUAACUGGUAAGAUAGAAGGUGGUCUGCCUACGUUCGGUCCACCUCCUUUCAGCACUGUUGUCAACAACCAGACCCUGGGAUUCUCAGACAUGCUGCAGACCUUCGGCUUUGAAGGUCUCGCGAUGCCACUGGUCGCUAUAUUGGAGAGCAUUGCUAUAGCUAAGGCAUUUGCGGGCAGUAAAGCAGUGGAUGGCACACAGGAGAUGUUGGCAUUAGGUGCUUGCAAUAUGGUGUCAUCGUUCGCACAGAGCAUGCCCGCUACUGGCUCCUUCACUCGCACCGCGCUCAACCAUGCCAGUGGGGUCAUGACACCUGCGGGUGCAUUCUUCAAAGCGAGCCUGGUGCUGGUGGCGGUGACGCUGAUGUCGGAGGCGUUCUUCUUCAUCCCGCGCGCGGCCCUCGCCGCCGUCAUCAUGGUGGCAAUGCUCUCCAUUAUAGAUUUCUCCAUACUUACCACGCUCUGGCGCAAUAAUAAGAGCGAGGUGUUUGUGUGGGCGCUGACUCUGUGUGUGGGCGCGGCGGUGGGGCUGGAGUACGGUAUAGCGGCGGGCGUGGGCGCAGACGUAGUGCGCACUCUCGCCCACGCCUCGCGCCCACACAUACACCUGCAGCCCUGCAAGGUGGGUACUGCGGUGUGCUCUCGCGCAGUGUUGCCAGCGCGGCUGCAGUACAUGUGCGGGACGAGGACAGCUCGGAGGCUGCGGACUCAGACCUCACAUCUGCUGCUUCUUGAUGCCAAACAUCUCAGACACAUAGAUAUCGGCGUUGCUGAGGACAUUAUAACUGUGAUAUUAGAGUUAGAGAAGGAAGGUCGCAGAGUUGUGAUGUGGAACUUUGAGGCAAAACAUCAGCAGCUCUUUGAGCAGAUCAAUCCUGAUAUGAAGGGGAAGUUCUUCAAUGGGAUUGCAAUAGAACAAUUUUUAUCAGAAGGAAUCACUCGACGUACAAGCGUUAAUUUUUAGAUAUUGUACAUAUUUUUUGUAAUCAAAUAAGAUUUUUAUUAAGUA